AUGCAAAUGGAGGGUAAUAAUGACUUUGAAGAAAAAGAAGAAGAAGCUCACAAGUUCACUCCCGACAACUAUCUUGUCGUGGAGCAGGUUAGAAGAGGCAAGUCUACUUCCGAUUUCGUGGUUCUUCACAGAAUCGACGACAAAAAGUAUGCAAUGAAGAAGGUUUGUCUGGCUAAACACACUGAGAAGUUAAAGCAAAUCGCUUGCCAAGAGAUGAAAUCGCUUUCAAAAUUAAACAAUCCUUAUAUCGUGGAAUACGAAGAUUCUUGGAUUGAUGAGGACAAUAACGCCUGCAUUUUUACUGCUUACUGUGAGGGAGGAAACAUGACUAAUGCUAUCAAGAAAGCUAGAGGAAAGUUAUUUCCAGAGGAGAGAAUCUUUAAAUGGUUGGCGCAAUUGUUACUAGCUGUUAACUAUUUGCAUUCAAACCGUGUACUUCACAUGGAUCUUACGUGCUCAAACAUUUUCCUUCCAAAGCAUGAUCACGUCCAGCUUGGUAACUAUGGUUUGGCGAAACUCAUCAAUCCAGAAAAGCCUGCUUCUUUGGUUCCAGGAAUUGCUAACAGCAUGUGCCCUGAGGUUUUAGAAGAUGAACCAUAUGGAUAUAAAUCUGACAUAUGGUCGCUAGGUUGCUGUAUGUAUGAAAUUACAUCACACCAGCCUGCGUUUAAAGCUCCGGAUAAGGCUGGACUCAUCAACAAAAUAAACAGAUCUCUGAUGUCUCCUCUUCCCAUUGUCUACUCCUCUACCUUGAAGCAGAUGAUAAAGCUUAUGCUUAGGAAGAAGCCUGAGCAUCGGCCAACAGCCUGCGAAUUGCUAAGGAACCCCUGUCUACAACCUUACCUCCUUAAAUGCCAAAACCUGUCUCCUAUCUAUCUUCCUGUUUUCCCUAUCAACAGCCCUAAGGAUAAGGCAAGAAGAAGUUCACUGCCAGGCAAGUUUGUGAAGGAGAGAGAAGAGAGGGAGAAGAGUGAGGUGUCUCGCAGCUUGGAGAACUUAUAUCCGUUUUGGACUAAAGCAGAGACUGGUUCUAGCAGCUCAUCACAACCAGCAUCGUCAACAAAUGAAACAGAUGAUAAACCUGAAACAAAAAGAAUCGAUCCAAGCUGCGACACACUGAAGGUUACUGAGUCUGCUAGCGAGAAGACAACAAAUCAGAAGGAAGAGAAUGAUGAUGUGCCAAAAGAAUGGGAAAAUAUGCUCUCUGAGGAGUCUCAGUUACUUGAUGUUGAUGUCGAGAUUGUGAGUGGAGAAGAAGGUUUAUGUUUCACUCAAGAGGCUGAAGCUCAGGAGGCAAUUUUGGAACCAAAGGUGUCCAUCACAAGCUCUGAAGUUGUGGCAGAAAGUGAGUGUUUGUCUGGAAGCGUUGAGGUGGAUGAAGCAAAGACGGUGAAGCUAACAGCGAGUGAAAUGUCUUCUGUACUGAGUAAGCUCACGAAGCUAGGUCUGCCACAGAGUAAAGAAAGAGCAGAUGCAUUGGAGCGUUUGUUGGAGAAAUGUGCAGGGCUUGUAAAGCAAGAGAAGUAUGAAGAACUUGCUGGUUUGCUUACACCGUUUGGAGAAGACGGUGUUUCGGCUAGGGACACUGCUAUUUGGUUCGCAAAGACACUCUUGUCUUCUUCUGACAAACUCAACCAUGGAACCUGA